GGCGAAGGAAGUUCGCGAUGGGAGGUCAAAGAAGCCAAAGACAGCGGCAAAGGUCGCAAGGAAAGCGGAAAGCGUGGCGGGUGGAAAGGUGACGGAAAAUGGUGGCCGGAUGAGGACAAGGGACGGAAGGAAGGAAAGCAUGGAAAAGGAAAAAACAAGAAGGGGGAUGAAUGGCAAGGUAAAGCACGUGAUUGGUCCUCUAGAGAUCGUGCAGGCAAAGGCGGCGAAGAAUCAGGUGAAGCAAAGGAGUCUCGAAGCCAGCUGAGCAGCAAUGCGCCCGACUUCCAACCAUCUGGUAUGUACGACUACGACGCUCUCGCUGCGCAAUAUUGGAGUUGGCAGCCUUUUCUUCAGGAGAUGCCGCCCUUGUGGAGGGAGUAUGCAGACAAGGAUGGUACCAAGUACUACUACAAUGCAAAGACGGGCCUCACGCAGUGGGAGAGACCUGCAGAGUUGGACCCUUCGCCUGCCGACGGCACUGGUGGAAGCACUUCCAGUACAGGCGGUCAUGCCAGCAAGAACAAGGACAGUGGUGUCCCUGGGCCCUGGCGGGAUCGUGAGAACGACAGGGAAGAGCUGAAGAAGCUGCGAAGCGACGAAGGCAAGGAGGGCAAGGGCAAGCGCGACCGGCGGAGAGCCGGCAAGUCAGACGCAAACAGCUCCAAGGAGCCAAGCUUCGGCCCCCCUGGAUGCAAUCUCUUCGUUUUUCAUUUGCCUGACGAUUGGACUGAUGAUGACCUGUUAGAGUACUUCGCCCCGCAGGGAAUCUCAGAUGUGAAGUUGCGAGUGGACGAGG